AUGGCCUCCAACUUUAACGACAUAGUCAAGCAGGGCUACGUGAAAAUCCGCAGCAGGAAGCUGGGGAUUUUCAGACGAUGCUGGUUGGUUUUCAAGAAAGCUUCUAGUAAAGGACCCAGAAGGCUAGAAAAAUUUCCAGAUGAAAAGGCAGCGUAUUUCAGAAACUUUCAUAAGGUAACUGAACUGCACAACAUCAAAAAUAUAACCAGACUGCCUCGAGAGACAAAGAAGCAUGCAGUAGCAAUUAUCUUCCAUGAUGAAACGUCAAAGACAUUUGCCUGUGAGUCAGAGCUGGAGGCCGAGGAAUGGUGCAAACAUCUGUGCAUGGAGUGUCUGGGGACACGGCUGAACGACAUCAGCCUCGGUGAGCCUGAUCUUCUGGCGGCCGGAGUACAGCGGGAACAGAAUGAGAGAUUCAACGUGUAUCUUAUGCCCACACCAAAUUUGGAUAUUUAUGGCGAAUGCACAAUGCAGAUCACUCAUGAGAAUAUCUAUCUCUGGGAUAUCCACAAUGCCAAGGUCAAACUGGUGAUGUGGCCACUCAGCUCACUGAGGAGAUAUGGACGGGACUCAACGUGGUUCACCUUUGAGUCAGGGAGAAUGUGUGACACAGGAGAAGGACUAUUCACUUUUCAAACAAGGGAAGGAGAAAUGAUCUACCAGAAGGUCCAUUCUGCGACACUGGCCAUAGCUGAGCAACAUGAGAGAUUAAUGCUAGAAAUGGAGCAGAAAGCCCGGCUUCAGACAAGCUUGACUGAGCCAAUGACGUUAUCCAAAUCGAUAUCUCUUCCUCGUAGCGCCUACUGGCAUCACAUCACCCGUCAGAACAGUGUUGGAGAAAUCUACAGUUUGCAAGGUCAUGGGUUUGGUUCGUCCAAGAUGUCACGUGCGCAGACCUUUCCCAGCUACACCUCGGAGCAGGGCGAAGAGACGCAGCAGUCUUUGUCCCGGUCGAGCAUCUACGGGUUCAGCUACAGCUCCAGCCUCAUUCAAUGACACUCAGAGAGCCUGCUGACCAGAGAGUCAGUCUGAUGGACCUGUUUGUAGGGUCGCGCAUCCUCUGCCUCCUGGAAAACCAGUUGCAGUAACAUUGAAAUGGGUCACGUGUAGCCCAGUCCCAGUGGAAGGUUAAACACUGGAGUUCUGCUUCCUUGACUCUGUGGCUAAGUCCUUUAUUUAUUGAAUUUCUUGGGGGGGGGGGAAUCUAUGUUUUACAAAAAUAGAAUCCAAAUUGUCCUUUAGAUAAAAUUCUUGGUUCUGGCAGUAGCCGAAGCCUGGGCAUCAUGAGAAGUUGCCCCCACUGGGUUGUCCCUGGGUGGUGGGCAUUACCCCUGUCCUCAUGGCUCAGCCCCCCCGCCUGAUGACAGGGCCUUUCCUUUGACAUAAUGUCACCCACCACAAGGUAUGUGGCUUGGAAGGUUUUGAUGGGGACAAAUCCAGCAAGGUCUACUAACGGCAUCAUCACUCUCCAUAUAAAUAAGUCUGGUGACAAUUAAGGGAACAUGAGAUGUAGAACACACUGUUAAGCAGGGCCUUGUAGCUCUACUCUGUGUGUGUGUAUGUGUGUGUGCGUGUGUGUGUGCAUCUGUAGACAAUGUAGAUAUGGAUAUGACUCUAUCCGUCUAUAUCUAACAAGUAUAUAUCAAAUGUGUGCUGGGGGUAACAAGUUUCGCUCACGUACAUUGUUGAAAACUGUAAUUUGGUGCAUUAAAAUUAAGAUUGUUCUGUUGAAUAGCGAUUUUUAAAAUAGUGCUGUAAAAAAAAAAAAGGCUUCUUAUUAGCAAAAGUAUUUACGUAGUCAAGUCUGCUCCUGUGAUGAGUAUAAAUGGCUCUGUGAAAAAGAGGGGCCCCUGAAAACAGAGGAAGCAGACUAGCCGUCCCACAUGUCAUGUUACCGCGCCGUCUUUCUCGCUACUACUCCCGUGUGGUUGAUAAUGUUUCUCUCUCUGGCCAUCCCUCUGAGUUCCAUGAAGAGGUUUGGGUGUGAUCGCCUACUGGCUUCCAUUUAACCUCAAGAAGAGAAAGACUCUAAAUGAGGAACUGUUUUUCA